GUGGUGAUAUUUCUCAGAAGAACAUCUGGUUGACUGAAAGCAUGCUGGAUCUUUUUCUGGAUCACAAACCAUUCCUAGCAAAGAAUAUUUCCUUGAUGGCUACUGUAGUUUACACCUACCUGCGGGUGAUUGUGGACCAUGGUGCACCAGGCAUGGCAGUUCUUCGGCAAAAGGAAGUCGAAUUGUGCAUCAGUCUUUUAAGAUCACAUUGGCAAGAAUGUAUGCAGAUUGGCCGAGAUUUGAUCAGACUGUUGCAGAAUGUGGCCAGAAUCCCUGAGUUUGAUAUCUUGUGGAAAGAGAUUUUAUUCAAUCCAACAAGUUUAUCCCCAACUUUUACAGGAGUUUCCCAGUUGCUGCAAAUAAGAACAUCAAGAAAGUUUUUAGUGGCAAGGCUGACACCAGACAUGGAAAACAAAUUAAUUUUUCUUAUUACAAAGGUCAGGUUUGGAUCUCAAAAGCGCUACCAGGACUGGUUUCAGAGACAGUAUCUGUCUACACCUGAAAGCCAGUCACUGCGAUGUGACCUCAUCCGCUACAUCUGUGCAGUAUUCCACCCAUCCAAUGAACUGUUGUGUUCUGACAUCAUACCACGCUGGGCUGUUAUAGGCUGGCUGCUUACAACUUGCACUUCCAAUGUGGCAGCAUCUGAUGCAAAGUUGGCAUUGUUCUACGACUGGCUGUUCUUUGAUCCAGAGAAAGACAGUAUUAUGAACAUAGAACCGGCUGUGCUGGUGAUGUUCCACUCCAUGAGGCCUCAUCCUGCAAUCACAGCCACAUUGUUAGAUUUUAUGUGCAGGAUAAUGAACAACUUCAGCAUUCAACACACAGCACAAAUCAGAAACAGCAUUUUUACAGCUUUGCGCACUAUUCUUGACAAACGUGUGCUACCGUCAUUAUCACCUUUGUUUGACAAUCCAAAGUUAGAUAAAGAACUUAGAACCUUGUUAAGAGAAAACUUUGUGGAGUUCUGCAGCCAAGAAGCGGUGAAGGAUGAGAUUGCGACAAAAGAUGAUCUAGAUAUGGAUAUGGGCAGUAAUCAUACAGGAGAGAAUAACUUGUCUGACGCCUGUUUCAGUGAUGAUGAGGAAGACAAUGUGCCUUUGGGUAAAUUAAAGGAAGACAUUGGUUUCCGCCCAAUCAAAGAAUCAGCAGCUUAUGUUCCUGUAGACAUAACAGAGCAUCUCAACCAGUUAACAGGCCAGAUUCAUGAUCUGACAGUUGAGUUGCAGGGAGAAAGAAAUCAAGAGAUGCAGUGUGAUUUAACAGAUAAACUAAUGCAAGUUGUGAUUCAAGAGGAAGAAUUUGAUCAAGAUAUGGCAGCCACGUUAGCCACUUGUUUAUGCCAGAUAUUGAGUCCACAGUUUCAGCACAAAUUGUUCCCACAGGAGAUUGAUGAUGAGUCAAUAGAAGAUUCAAUUGGGUCUCCUCUGUUUGUCAUAUUCAGAUUUCUCAGUCAGAUGUCAGAGGAAGAUCCUCGGAGGCAACCACUUUUACAACUGCUAGGGGAAAUGUAUUUAAAGCAGCCUCGCAUUGGUUACAUGUUAUUGUACUUUCUCAAAGUCAGCAAAGGCAGUGAUGAAAAAAUGGCAACUUACAGAGACUUCUGUCAAAACCUGGACAACAAAGAUUUAAAAUCUUGCCUUCUGAAUGACCUCAAGUUGUGCCAAAUGGAUGAUGUCAGAUUAUUUACCUACCUUAUUCCAGAUAUUUACACACAUUUUCCAAACAUUGCUGUUGGGAAUGCCAAUAUUCUGAAUUUGAUAGUGUCAAGCAUUGAUGGCUCACAGCUGCAGGAUCUCAUUUGUCAAAUCCUUCAAGGUCAUUUGUUGAUGUUUAAGAACAAGGAGACAUUUUUAUCAAUUUUAAAUGCCAGCUUGGACUGGGAGACGAUAGAACAGUAUUUCCUUUGGCAGCUUGUAAUGGCACAUAAUAUACCAGUGGAGCAUAUUCUACCAAUACUACCCAAAUUGGAGUAUAAUGCAAAUGCCGAAGCUCUGACAAGUCUGAUGGUUCUGUUGAAGCAAGUCAGUCCAAGCUGGGAUCUCUUACGGCCGGUGCUUUCAAGGGAGUGCAAGAGAACAGACUACUUCACAGUUUCUGUACUGAAGUACUGGGCACAGGAACAUGAGGACAGGCUAGCAGAGCUGAUCAAUCUUCAGUUGACCAAGCUUAAUGGCACACCAAAAAAGAGACAGAGGGCUGGGGGCACCAAGAAAGAUCACCCAACUGUAGACCAGAUUUUGGCUCACUUGGAUCACAUGCGACAAGUGUGCAGAAAUAUCUCAUUUCUGAAUCAUGAGAGUGUCCAGCAUGCACUUCAGCAGGUUCAAAUUACAGCCAGUGAAGCCCAGAAGACCAAAUACAGUGAUUUGCUGGCUUUAGCAGAGGAGAUAGAUGACAUGAAGACUGUCAGAGUGCUGCGGGGAAGGAAAGCAUCUAAUGCCAGUGGCUUCAGCCCCAAGUACCCAAAAAAUAAAAAGUCUGUUGAAAGUGACAGUGGGAGCGACUCUUCAGAUGAUGAAAUCAAACCUCAGACAAAGAAAAGAAAAAAGCUGACUGUGAAUGUGGAUGAUGAGAGCGACUGA